AAAAACUUCAAAUGAGUCAUUUUAACCAUCUUGAGAAGUUAUACUUUAUUGGUUUACAAAUAAGAAAAUAGUAGCAGGACUUUAAAACAACCGAGUAGUUUUUAACUAGGUUGCGGUUACAUUGGGUGAUACAACGACCCCUGGUGUUCAAAAGCGGGGACUACACCUCAUAAUAUUUUAACCAGCUCCAGAUCGCCUUUGUGUUAGUUUGAAAGCAAUUUUACGGAAGCUGAAAGGCGAUUAUUGCCGCCAGAGCUCCUUUUUAGCCACUUCCAGGUUCUCCUCCGACAUGAAGCGGCUGUAGCUGCUGCAGCACAGCGGCAGCGGGUCGCUGCGUGGCGGUUUCCGGUGUCCGUCCGUCUGCUGGAGGAUGGCGUCCGGCUUCGACCGCAUCCCCUCCGCCGCCGCCGGUCUGAGAACCGAAAACACCCACGGUUACCGAGCGCAAACCAGAGACUGCGACAAGGAGCGUCGAUAAGCAACUACGGGUUUCUCCAGACAUUGAGCGAUCCAUUACAGACUUUCCUGCAGCUGCAUCCAUCCUUGUGUCAAAUUUGGGAUAUCCUCCCUGCAUCCAGGAUGACGGAGGCAUGGCAGCAGCAGCAGCAGCAGCAUGCAGUGGCUCCACCCUCUGUUGUGCACACUCUCCCUCAGGCAGGCGACAACUCUCUGAGCUGCACCGUGUACGGUGUCGUCCUGCAGCCGGACGCCUCCCUGCAGCAGCCGCAGCAUCCGCAGCAGCACGUCGUCCAAGCGCAGCAGGCCUCCUUGCAGGUAGGGGCCGACAGAGGGCAUAAAUGCGGAGCCUGUGGCCACGACAUUUCCCACCUGGCCAACCCACACGAGCACCAGUGCAUGGUGACGCAGGACCGCUCGUUCCAGUGCACGCAGUGUAUGAAGAUCUUCAGCCAGGCGACCGACUUGUUGGAGCACCAGUGCGUUCAGGUGGAGCAGAAGCCGUUCGUGUGCGGCGUCUGCAAAAUGGGCUUCUCGUUGCUUACUUCGCUGGCACAGCAUCACAACUCGCACGGUAACAACCCGAUGAAGUGCUCCAUCUGCGAGAAGACGUACCGGCCGGGCUCCGGGAACGUCACGCCCACCUCGUCCGCCGCCAACCCCCAGCAGCCCUCCAGCGGCGAGACUUCCGGCGGUGGCGCGGUCAUCAGUGCCGCCUCACCGCCAACGUUCGAGGCAUCCGCGCCCGACCGGCCGUACAAGUGUUCCGUGUGCCACAAGUCCUUUCGCCAUCUGUCGGAGCUAACGCGCCAUGAGCGGAUACACACGGGGGAGAAGCCGUACAAAUGCGACACGUGCGACAAAAGCUUCAGCCAGUCAUCGCAUCUGGCGCACCAUCAGCGCACGCACAGCUCUGAGCGGCCGUACAAGUGCGCCGUGUGCGAGAAGAGCUUCAAGCACCGCUCCCACCUGGUGCGGCACAUGUACGCGCACUCAGGUGAGCACCUGUUCAAGUGCAAUUUAUGCGAGAUGCACUUCAAAGAGUCGUCGGAGCUCCUGCACCACCAGUGCCAGCCGGAGAGCGAGAGGCCGUUCCGCUGCGGCUCGUGCGGGAAGAGCUUCAAGCGGCCGUCCGACCUGCGGCAGCACGAGCGCACGCACUCCGAGGAGCGGCCUUUCCAAUGCGACGAGUGCCAGAUGAGCUUCAAGCAGCAGUACGCGCUGGUGCGCCACCGCCGCACGCACAAGAACCCCGCCGACCGGCCGUUCAAGUGCAACCUCUGCGACAAGGGCUUCCUGCAGCCGUCGCAUCUGCUCUACCACCAGCAGGUCCACGGCAUGGAGUCGCUCUUCAAAUGUGCGUCCUGCCAGAAGUCCUUCAGCCAGUCGGGGGAGCUGUUGCGGCAUAAAUGUGGCGGUGAGGUGGAAAAGCCUUACAAAUGCGACGUGUGCGGCAAAGGUUACAAAAAGAAUUCCACGCUGCAGCGGCACCAAAGCACUCACUGCACAGAGAAGCCGCUCAAGUGCUCUCUGUGCGACAAGCGCUUCGUGUCGUCGUCCGAGUUUGUCCAGCACCGCUGCGACCCGACGCGGGAGAAGCCGCUGAAGUGCCCCGACUGCGAGAAGCGCUUCAGGUACUCCUCAGAGCUGCAGCGGCACCGCCGCGUCCACACGGGCGAGAAGCCGUUCAAAUGCGCCAACUGUGACAAGAGCUUCAAGCAGCGGGAGCACCUGGCCAAGCACCAGAGCGUGCAUUCACGGGAGACGCAGUUUAAAUGCGUGUGGUGUGGCGAGCGCUUUGUCGACCUCACGGCGCUGCAGGAGCACACGGUGCAGCACACAGCGGAGAACGAGAACUUCCCCGAAGCGCCGUGCAUCCAAUGAACUCCGAAAACACUCCCAGUGACUCCUGCUUUUGGUGAAUCCAAGACACAGAGGGGGGAAUCGUACGACGGCGCAUUAGGGCCAUCGUAGAUAGGG